AUGGCCACUCUGAAGGAAAAGAGGACUUGUGGGCAGCGAUGUGAAGACUUUGGCCACUUUGUCUGGAACUCAGAAAAUGGGACGUUUAUGGGAAGAACACCAAAGAAAUGGGUGUACAUUAGUCUGUACUAUGUGGCCUUCUACGUUAUCAUGACGGGUCUCUUUUCUUUGGCAAUCUGGGUCCUCAUGUACACCUUGAGUCCCUACAGUCCUGACUACCAUGACCGACUACAAUCACCGGGGGUGAUGGUGUGGCCGAACACAUAUGGAGAGGAAGACGUUGAAAUCUCCUACAACACGUCAGACAAGGCGAACUGGAUGAAGAUGUCCCACAUCCUUCAUGAGUUCCUGGAGCCCUACAACGACACCAAGCAGCUGGAGUGUAACAGCUAUAACUGCACCAAGGGGAAGUACUUCUUCCAGAACACCUUCUCUGCCCCUCACCACACCAAGUGGGCAUGCCCCUUCAAGCAGAGCAUGCUUGGAGCGUGCUCUGGAAUUGAGGAUCCGACGUUUGGCUACAACUGCACCAUGCCUUGCGUCAUCAUCAAGAUGAACAGGAUUAUUAACUUUUUGCCUUCAAAUCACACUGACCUGCCCCCAUAUGUCAACUGCACUAUACUGGAUGGACAAGAUAGUGUGGCCAAAAUAGAGUAUUUCCCAGAUCAUGGAAUUAUGGAUCUCUCCUACUUCCCAUACUACGGAAAUCUAGCACAGCCUACUUAUAUCAACCCACUGGUGGCCGUUCGGUUCAGCCUGGUCGGAGAGAAGCAAGCCAAGAUCCAGUGCAGAGUGGUCUCUGACAAGAUCAGCUACGAAAACAUCCAUGACCCCUACGAAGGGAAAGUCAUCUUCUACCUCAAAGCAGUGAAAUGA